AACAAUCACUUGACCAGGCUGUCCAUCCCGACUCUUGAAGAAACUGAGGAAGCAGCAUCCAUGGCCAAUGCAAUGACAUCCACGGCCCUCCUCGUCUUCCUGGCCUGUCUGUUCCUGGUCAAUGUCGAAGGUCAGGUGGGUCAUACUAAAGCUCGGUGCCUGUGUCUGAAUGGAGUGGUGAAUCAAAUUAAACCUGUUCUCAUUCAAAAGAUUGUUGUGCACAAAUCCACCAUCUCCUGCCCGCACAUGGAGAUCAUUGUCACCUUGAAGAAUGGAGCCAGGGAGAAGUGUCUGAAUCCUGAAUCUGGAAUGGGCAAGAAAGCUGUAAACAAAUGGUUGGAAAACCAAAGUGUGCAAUAAAACUGGGGAUAUAAAACUCCCACUGAGACUUUUUCCUGAGGAAAAAAACUGAAGGUACUGCACUGAAGAUUGCCAGCGUCUACUGUGUUUACAUUCUGGGAUGGCACUGAGAAGUCGUUUUUUUUUUUUUACAGACACAUUUUGUAAAUCUGUUAAUAUACCUACACUAACUUAUCUCUAGCAGUAUUUAACAUUUCUAGAAUAAUGAAUGAUGCUUGUUUAUUUUCACAGUUGUUUGUGGUAAAUUUAUGCAAAUGUCAAAUGUAAAACACAUGUAAAGAUGUACACUAUACAUUUCACGAAUCAUCGGGUAUCAUAAUUAGUCAAUGGAACAAAUGUAAAUACUGUAUCUUUUAUUAUUGUUUGUUUUCUAUAAAAUAAAGAAACAUUAUUCCUC